AUGCUAUUUGGACGCUUCACAAAUCUCUGUAAAAGAACUGCAACAAACCUAGUUUCAAUUAACACACCAAAUACUACACAUAUCACCUCUUCGUAUUGGAGUGUAUCAAGUGGCUUCAUUUCAUACCGUCACCGUGUUCAAAAUUGCCAACGAUUCUUUCAAACUGUAAAGAAAAAGCAUGAUCCUUACGCGGUUGCUGCUACCACGAAGGGAAAAGUCGAACCGCAUCCAGUCGAUCUGGACUUAUUACGCGCCUCUGUUGUGGGCUUUGAGAAUCUGCCUAUAGAUAUCGAAGAAGAAACAUCACCUUUAACCUACACAAUCAAUUUUGGACCGCAACAUCCUGCCGCCCAUGGGGUAUUACGUCUAAUUUUAGAGCUGAAGGGUGAAGAAAUAGUUCGUGCUGAUCCUCAUAUUGGUCUUCUUCAUCGAGGCACCGAGAAACUGAUUGAAUACAAGACGUAUCUUCAAGCGCUUCCGUAUUUCGAUCGUUUGGAUUACGUGUCUAUGAUGACAAAUGAACAAGCGUAUUCGCUUGCUGUGGAAAAAUUAUUGAAUAUUGAUAUUCCAGAACGCGCAAAAUUUAUCCGAACUCUCUUUGGUGAAAUAACAAGGGUUCUGAAUCAUAUUAUGGCGCUUAUGUCUCAUGCACUGGAUGUUGGCGCAUUGACACCAUUCUUGUGGAUGUUUGAGGAACGCGAAAAAUUGAUGGAAUUUUAUGAAAGAGUAUCUGGUGCGCGAAUGCAUGCAGCUUAUGUACGUCCUGGAGGAGUAGCUCAAGACAUGCCUAUUGGACUACUGGAAGACAUAUAUCAAUGGGCAACUCAAUAUGCAUCUCGUAUAGACGAAUUUGAAGAACUUUUGACUGGCAAUCGAAUCUGGAAGGCGCGUACAAUCGGAAUUGGAACAGUAACCGCUCAAGAAGCACUCGAUUACAGCUUUUCCGGGGUGAUGCUACGAGGAUCCGGGAUAAAAUGGGACAUUAGAAAAGAAAAACCAUACGACGCCUAUGAUAGAGUAGAAUUCGAUGUGCCUGUCGGCACAACAGGAGAUUGCUACGAUCGGUUUCUGUGUCGUACCGAAGAGAUGCGACAAUCCUUACGUAUUAUACAUCAAUGCUUGAAUUUGAUGCCGAGUGGUGCUUUCAAAGUCGAUGAUUGGAAAAUUUCACCGCCGAAUCGAGCGGCAAUGAAGGAAUCGAUGGAAGCAUUAAUUCAUCAUUUUAAGUUGUACUCGGAAGGAUAUUCGGUUCCACCUGGUGAGACCUAUACGGUGAUUGAAGCGCCUAAAGGAGAAUUUGGUGUCUAUUUGGUUUCAGAUGGCACAAAUCGACCCUAUCGAUGCAAGAUUCGUGCUCCUGGAUUUGCUCACCUUGCCGGUGCAGAUUUCAUGUCUCGCGGCUAUGUCAUUCCUGAUAUGGUAGCAAUAAUUGGAACUAUGGACAUUGUAUUUGGUGAAAUAGGUAAAUAG